CAUACCUAAUAUGGUAUCACCAUUGCUGUUGGUUCGCGCUAACGUGACCAAACCAUAUACUGUAUUAGUUGUGGUCAAUACAAUAGUACAAAAUAAUGGUUGUAUUUGAUAAGGCCUAAAGAACGUAAAUAAUAAUUUAUAUUAAGUGUAAAGGUAUUUGUAAUUGUUCGGGAGGACCACUUUUGUUUAACUUGUUUGACUGGAUUUAAACACGACCAAGCUAGGAUAAGUAUGCGACAAGUGUGUUUUAUAAACCGUGCUACAUAUUCAGGGACAGUACUGACACACGUGGCCGUCAAAAGAGCGAAAUAUGAUGCUGCUUAUAUAUCAGUGUCCCUGCGGGCUAUAUGAUCAAAGUUUGUAUUAUAAAAAACAUUUUUCAACUUGCUAGUUCGACAUAUGGAAUGGACGUUUUCUUCUAGCGUUCUAAUGGAAAAGGAACAAUGCUCAACCCAGUUCCGAAAUACAGGAGACUUAUCAGUAAGACACAGAAAGACCUUUCGGGCCCCCACUCCUAAGUCUACUGACAAAAACCCCAAUAAGGACGGACACUUGACAGAGGAUGACAGACAGCAAACCAAUGGGAGUUAUUCCAGAAGAAGAAGCUCCACCAGUGAUCAGCCCACCAACAGAACACUGCUUCUCUUGUUGGUUGGACUGUCCUUCUCCACACGCCUCUAUAAAAUAAAAGAGCCUCCUCAUGUGUGCUGGGACGAGACACAUUUUGGGAAAAUGGGAAGUUACUACAUCAACAGGACUUUCUUUUUUGAUGUCCACCCACCUCUGGGGAAGAUGCUGAUUGGACUGGCUGGAUACAUGAGUGGUUAUGAUGGCACGUUUCCAUUCACAAAGCCAGGAGAUAAAUAUGAACACCACAACUACUGGGGGAUGAGAGGGUUAUGUGCUGGUUUAGGCUCCUUUCUCCCCAUUUUUGCCUACCUCAUCGUGCUGGAGCUUUCUCACUCGAACACAGCCGCUCUCAUUGCUGCUUGGCUGCUCAUAUUUGACACGGGCUGCAUCACGAUUUCUCAGUACAUCCUGCUGGACCCCAUCCUCUUGUUCUUCAUCAUGGCAGCAGUACUCAGUAUGGUCAAGUUCAAGCAGCAAAAAGACAGGCCUUUUUCUGCUCCCUGGUGGUUUUGGAUUGUAUUUACUGGUGUCAAUCUUGCCGGAGCUCUAGGGGUAAAGUUUGUGGGCCUUUUUGUCAUCCUGCUGGUGGGAUUGAACACGGUUUCAGACCUCUGGAGGCUUUUAGGGGAUCUGGACCUGUCACUGGUGGACGUUGCAAAGCACCUCUUGGCUCGGGUUGUGGCGCUCAUCUUGCUUCCCGUCUUCCUCUAUGUUACAAUAUUUGCAGUCCAUUUUGUGGUGCUGAACAAAAGUGGGCCGGGAGAUGGUUUCUUCAGUUCUGCCUUCCAGUCUCGCCUCAUCGGGAACAACCUGCACAACGCAUCAAUGCCUGAGUACCUGGCAUAUGGCUCCACCGUUACGUUGAAGAACCUUCGCAUUGCUGGAGGCUACUUGCACUCUCACUGGCACUUGUACCCAGAGGGAGUUGGAGCAAAGCAGCAGCAGGUUACAGCCUACCUGCACAAGGACUACAACAACUUGUGGUUGGUUCACCGGCACAUCGAUACAAACUCUCAGUCCGAGGCCCCCGAAUUGGUUCGCCAUGGUGACAUCAUCAGAUUGGAGCACAAAGAAACAACUCGAAACCUUCACAGUCAUCUCCACGAGGCCCCACUGACCGGCAAGCACUUCCAAGUUACGGGGUAUGGCAUUAAUCAUACUGGUGACAGCAAUGACCUCUGGCAAGUGGAGGUGUGCGGAGGUCGCAAAGGUGACCCCGUGAAGGUGCUACGCAGCAAAGUCCGCUUUCUGCACAAAGCAAACGGUUGUGUGCUUUUUUCUUCUGGGAAAACCCUCCCCAAGUGGGGCUGGGAACAAGUGGAGGUCACCUGUAGUCCUUACUUGAAGGUGACUCCCAGCUCUCAGUGGAACAUUGAAGAUCACGUCAAUGCCAAAUUGCCCAACAUCAGUCUGUCAGUGCUGAAGCCUCAUUUUCUCGAGAUCCUAAUAGAGUCUCACAUUGUAAUGAUAAGAGGUAACAGUGGUUUGAAGCCCAAAGACAAUGAGGUGAACUCCAAACCCUGGCACUGGCCCAUCAACUACCAGGGACUGAGAUUCUCAGGAGUGAAUGAAACAGAGUAUCGCGUGUACUUACUUGGCAACCCUGUGGUCUGGUGGCUAAAUCUGGCGAGUUUGGCAUUAUAUCUGAUACUGGUAGCAGUCGCUUCAGUUGCCUUCCAAAGAGGCAUCUCAUUGAGCCAAAGGAGACAAGGUCAUUGUUUUGUGCUCACAAGGGGAGGGGGCCUCCUUUUCCUUGGCUGGCUACUUCACUACGUACCUUUCUUCACCAUGGGCCGGGUCCUCUACUACCAUCACUACUUCCCUGCAAUGCUCUUUAACAGCAUGCUGACAGGAAUUACAUUGGAUUUCCUGUUGAACAUGGCCGACCUUCUGCUCCAGCCACCGUAUUGCGACUGGCUGCAGAGACUUGCUAAGGCAUUACUUCUGCUAUUUGUUCUUUACAGUUUCUAUCUGUUCCACCCACUCACCUAUGGCAUGACGGGGCCUCUGGCACACGAGCCGGGCAGCUCAAUGGCCGGACUGAAGUGGAUGGAGUCCUGGGAGUUCUAACAAGUUUUCAGUAAACAUGACACUUAAUUUAUAAAACGAACCCUUUUUUUAUUUCACAGUCUUACAGUGUUAAUGAAAAUGUCUUGUCACAGUUACUGUACCCGGUAAGGAUUUAUUUGAGUUUACUUUUUUAAAAAGAUGGAGGACUUGAGGCCAUACGUAAUUAGCUGCAACCUGUCACGUGUUGCCAUAAUUGUACUGGAUGUUACAAGGAGGAUCUUUAAGUGCCUCAAAAAAAAUUGGAAAUGUGUCAAUAAUUUCUAUGAUAGUUAGUUGGAGACAGUUGGUUUUAUUGUUAUUUAGAUCUGGAUUUUAUUGUGAUGAACAUUUUUUAUGGCGUCUAUAUAUAUUAUAGUCAAUGUUAAUAAAUAAUGUUAA